AUGGCAGACUUUUUUUUCUUGGCUCCAGAAAUAGUUCUACCCUUUAGCCCACUUAGCGCUGAACAUUUCAACAAGAUUAGAUCGCAGGCUGAAAAAACCUGGAAGAAUGAAAUUCAGUGGUCGGAUAGCUCUCCAACAACCUAUCGGGCCAAUUUCCGGAGCAAAACAGUGGAUGAUCCCCCACGUAUCCAACCGUACUCUGAAACAAGACUAAACAACCCUCAUCCACGCGAGUUGUUUCUAGUAAACAAAGUUCAUUAUCUUCCUGGAUAUUACCACUCUAAGCUUCCAGAACAGGAAAAGCCUAAAGGAACCUGUCCGGAUAUUACACGUUUCUUUAAAGAUUCAAUGCAUGUUAACCACCGGGUGAUGCACCAGGUUCUGUAUCCUGAUGUUUGUAUCACCACAACACAGAAAACUUAUGAUACCCGAUCAAAAUCAGCAAAAUAUGAAACCCAGAAAAGCUCAGUUCAAAAAAGGAGGAUCGUUUCGAGUCAAGUAGGAAUCUUUCCAUAA